UACUUUUGGUUUUUGUGCAAGGUCACGGCAGCAGCAGCUUUCAUCAACAUCAUGUGGUCGUUUGUCUACCACACCUAUCUCGUUCAGAUUCCGUACAUCAGCCGCACCCCCAUCUUUCAGCUUGAGACUGUGCCCUAUACCAACCGGAUUCAUUUUGUCAUUCGCUCCCCCCUAGACGACCGCGAGUAUGCGGAGUCUUGUUUUGCUUUUGUCAGGAAGAAUCACUCCUCCAAGUUCCUUAGCCCGCUCCACCCCGACAGUGUCCGUGUCAAUCUUAUCACAGCGCAACUUCUCCGUGCUGUUCAGCGUGGCCUUGACAUCAAGAACCGUGAUGUGGCCUUGAUUCAUGAAUCCUCUUGCAAAGAUGUGAGCUUGGAUGCCAGGCAUGCAAUUGAGAGCAAGAAACAAGGCAAGUUAUGCAAAUCACAAUCACAAACAGCGCACCUUGAUGGGUUAGCCUGGGAGGUGAUUGUUGUUAAAAAUGAUAGGCAUGUUGGUGCAAUGUCGUGGCCCCAUGGCAAGAUUAUAGUGUUCACUGGAUUGCUCAUCCAUUUGAAGACUGAUGCUGAAAUUGCUACUGCUCUUUCGCAUGAUAUUGCACACGUGGUUGCCAGGCACUCAUCAGAGUCAAUCGUCUACAAGAAGUGGUUUCCUUUCCCCCUCAUGGUGCACUUCCUAAGAAGGAUGGAGAUAGAGGCAGAUCACAUUGGAAUGCUGCUAAUGGCUGCUGCUGGUUUCGAUCCACACAUAGCUCCUAUGGUACUUGAGAAGCAAGGGAAUGAUAUUUAUCAUCCUUCAGGGAAGAAAAGAGCACAGCUUUUAUCUAGAGCAAAGGUCAUGGAUGAGGCGCUGGAAUUAUAUAGAGAAGUUAUGCCAGCCAAGGCACCAGAGGUUUAAAUUCAGUUGGUCGGCCUGCAAUAUUUAAAAAUUCAUCCUGUUGCAGCUGGCUCAGUGGGUGAAGAUUGCGGCGAACAAGCAUGAAGAACCUUUGCCCUUUGCCCUCUGUGAGAUGCCUCCGAUGGCAAGAGCAAUCAAAUCCUGUAGCGAAAAAGGCAUUGCAAGUCUGCUUAGUUCAAUGUGCUGUUGAGAAGUGAAAUUGGUUGUUGAGCCCACAAAAUAUUCAUCUCUGUGCCUGCAUUCGGUUAUUGUGUUAAUUUGGUGGACUGGUGUUUUACUUCUAAGUUCACGGAUUUAGUAUC